AUGGCGCGCUUCCGCAUUACCAUGCCGGCCCUCUUUAAGGGCCUCCCCGCAUCGUCCCUUCGCAUCAUUGCCUUCCUUAUCUCCGUCAACGUCGUUCUCUGGACCAUUGCCGCCAUCAUACUCGCGGCACAUCCUUCGCUUCUUUCUGCCGCCGCCCUCGCGUAUGUCCUGGGACUUCGCCAUGCCCUUGACGCUGAUCACAUCUCCGCAAUCGACCUUAUGACACGUCGUCUCAUCGCUUCGGGCCAGCGGCCUGUUUCAGUCGGGACCUUCUUUUCCCUCGGCCACAGCACCGUCGUCAUCGUCACCUGUGUUGUCGUUGCCGCCACUAGCGGAGCUUUGCGGGACCGCUUUGAUGGCCUCGCACGCGUUGGUAACAUCGUUGGCACUGCCGUCAGCGCCACCUUCCUGCUCCUGCUUUGCGCGGGUAACGGCUGGGUGCUGUACCGGCUCAUCCAGCAACUCCAUGAGAGGCUAGAAGAAGAGAGGGCCAGGGCGGUUCCAGAUGCGAACAACGGGAACGAAGACGAGCCUGUCGACGAUGCGGUGCAGAAUUUGCGGCUGGAAGGGGAAGGCUUCCUGGCCACCGUCUUUCGCAGGGUCUUCCGAAUUGUUGACAGGCCGUGGAAGAUGUUUCCUCUUGGCAUCUUGUUCGGACUUGGUUUCGACACGAGCUCCGAGAUUGCUAUUCUCGGCCUCUCGAGCGUACAUGGAGCCCAAGGCACGAGCAUCUGGCUCAUCCUCAUCUUUCCGGUACUGUUUACAGCGGGAAUGUGCAUGCUUGAUACGACAGACGGCGCCCUCAUGAUGGCUCUUUACACCAACAAGGCCUUCGCCAAAGAUCAUGUCGCCAUCCUCUACUAUUCAAUUGUUCUCACAGGCAUCACCGUCUUCGUCUCGGCCUUUAUUGGUCUCGUGCAGCUAUUCACCCUCAUCCAAAAUAUAGGCAAUCUCGAAGGAGGAUUCUGGGACGCAAUCGAAGCCAUCGGCGACAACUUUGACUUCAUUGGUGCGUGCAUCUGCGGGUUGUUCGUUAUCAUCGGCAUAGGAUCUAUCGUGGUGUACCGUCCCUGGCGCAGGAGGGCCAACCGACAGGGCCGCCUGCAAGCUGUCCCAACUCCCAGCGACGACGAUGAAGACGCCGGCCGGAGGCGGCAUUCGGAGGAGCCACUACUGGGAAAUCAAUAG